AUGUCGACAAAUUCCACCGGGAACAUCGAUCUGGGUAAACCCCAGUUUGCUUCCCACUCAUGGCUCGAGCCGAUCGUCGUCGUGAGCAUUAUGCUUAUCUCCCUCUACGUGAACCGUUACAAACACUUCAGCGUCCUCGACACCAACCGUGACCCCGUCGCCGAGCGAGAGUACCUCAAGGCCGACAUUGAAGCAAGCUCGGUACCGCUGCCGGACGAUCUGAAUGGCUUGAAUAGCUCACCUCCCGCGAAGCGCCGAUCAUACGGUUGCUGCGUGAUCAGCACGCCAAAUUCCUCUCGUUUCGCCCGUCACAUACACAGCCGCUUCGUCCAGAAAUUCCCUUUCUUGGUUGAGAUGUUUUACUGGAUCCUCAACUACGCGUUCUACUCGUGCACAAAGGCGUUAGCGCAGGCGCUAUCUCCCGCUGGAACAGACGUAGUGCAGCUCGCGCAGGACCACGGCAUUUCUAUCCUCGACCUGGAACACCGUUCGAUUUUCAGCAUAUUUUUCCCUGUCGAAGAAUCUGACUUCCAAUCCUUCUUUCUCAAUGGACAUCCGGGGUGGAUGACGUUUUUCAAUCGGAUCUACUCCCUGGUCCACAUCCCAGGGACCGUCGCGUUCAUCUCAUGGUACUACUGGGCCGCCCCUGAUCAUCAGCGAUUUGCUACCGUCCGCCGCACGAUGACGCUUGGAAACUUUGUCGCGUUUAUAGUCUUCUGUUUCUACCCGUGCAUGCCCCCGCGGCUGCUUCCCGAGUCAUACAACUUCCACGACACCGUGCGCCAGGAAAACGCAGAAAGUGUGUGGGUCGGCGGGAAGAUGGUCAACCAACUAGCAGCCAUGCCGAGCUUGCACUUUACCUAUGCUUUCUGUAUCGGUGCGACGUUUAUCUAUCACUCCAAUUUCUGGUCGCUGUUCAACGGCGGCCGGAGGACCCUGCGUGCUAUGGCCACCACCGCGGUCUUUGUCGGCCUUGGCAUCUUCUAUCCUCUCCUCGUGUUGUCGGUGAUUGUCGCCACGGCAAACCACUACUGGUUCGAUGCGACCGUAGCGAUGUUCUCCGUCGCGAUGUGCUUCGCCAUCAACCGGAUCUGGCUGGUCCUACUGCCGGCAGAGGACAUCUUCCUCUGGGUGACGCGCCUGGAAAAGCCCGUGCCAACGACCGGCAGCAGACUUCGUAACAGCAACUGGCACAUGCAGAAAGACAACUUCGAGGAGUCGGAGCACCUGCUGCAACACAACUAA